AACUACAAUGGCGGUCUGGAAGCGAUCGCCACACGCUUAUAUGCUUACUUGUUUUCUUUGUUUACUCUUCUUGCAGCAAACUUGUCAGACGGCCGCUGAAGAUCUAAAGUGGGAUGAUAAUGGUUACGUGUUAUACUGUCCGUGCAUGGGCCGCUUUGGGAACCAGGCAGACCACUUCCUGGGUUCUCUGGCUUUUGCUAAAAUGUUAAACCGAACCCUGGCAGUCCCCCCGUGGAUUGUUUACCGUCAUCACAGCUCCCCUUUCACUAAUGUCCAUGUUCCCUAUAGUGAGUUCUUCAAAUUAGACACCUUGUCGGCUUACCAUCGCGUGGUGGCUUUGGAGGUUUUCAUGAAGGCACUAGCUGACAAGCAUUGGCCCAAAGGACAGAGGAAAGCCUAUUGCUUCGAGGCAGCGGCUCAGCGGAGUAAAGAUAGAAAGUCCUGUCCCAUGAAGGAUGGAAACCCAUUUGGUCCGUUCUGGGACUAUGUUGGUGUGGAGUUUGAGGAGUCUGUGUUAUUUAGUGGUAUUUCCUUCAGUGCAUACCAUCAGCAGCAGUGGAUGAAGAAGUUCCCACCCAAAGAGCAUCCGAUCCUGGCCCUGCCGGGUGCUCCUGCCCAGUUCCCGGUGGCGGAGGACCAUGUUGGCCUCCAACGUUAUGUAGUGUGGUCAGACAAGAUGGCGGCGGAGGGGCAGGAGCACAUUGCUGCCCUUUUGACCCGGCCCUAUAUUGGCAUUCACUUGAGGAUUGGCAGCGACUGGCAAAAUGCUUGUAAAUUGCUGAAAAGUGGCGAGGCGGGGCCUCACUUCAUGGCAUCCCCUCAGUGUGUGGGCUACAAGCGGCAGACAGCACUGCCUCUCACUAUGACCAUGUGCCUGCCCGACUUGACCGAAAUCCGCAGGGCUGUGCAGCUGUGGGUGAAGAAGACCUCAGCUCGCUCUGUCUACAUUGCCACUGACUCGGAAUCACACAGCAGCGACAUCGAGAAGCUCUUCAAGGGCAAGGUCAAAGUGGUGAAUCUGCAACCUGACUCUCCCCAACUGGACUUGUACAUUUUAGGCCAAGCGGACCACUUUAUUGGCAACUGUGUCUCCUCCUUUUCUGCCUUUGUUAAGAGGGAAAGGGAUGUGCACAACCUUCCCUCCUCCUUUUUUGGUAUGGACCAACCUGGUCACGGGGACCCAGUCUGCACAGGAACGAAAUCUGAAAUGUUACAACCACACCACUUGGACAAACAACAUUGUAGCAACCCUGAAUUUUCUCUGUCUUCGAGCUGUGGCGAAGAUGGGAUCUAGGUACUGAAUGCACUACUUCAUUAUGGCCAUCAUAAAACUGCAAAUCACAGCAAACAGCCGCAAAAGAAGUUCACCCAAGAGGAAAUAAUGCAAAAAGUGCAAUUAUUUUUGAAGAAGAUCUAUCAUGUUCUGGUUUCGGAAAUCUGAAAUAGCAAGCUAGAUGAAGAUGGAUAGUGUGAACCUUUACACAUGUUAUUCACAUCAAUCAAUAUGCAGUGGUGUGAGGUCUUCAGGUGUGAUGAUGACGUCAUAGUGUUGAGCAAUAUGGCCUAAAUCAGAAGAUUUUUUUCCCAAUUGAUAAAUAUCGAGCCAUACGGAUAAAAACAAACUUACGUUGCAAUAUUUUGCUGUAGCUAACUAUCUUGCCUGCACUAUUUGGUUCCAGAUCUUGGAUAGCUAACUACAGCAGAUGCAGGGGGACUAAAUAGUAAAUGGCUCCAAAAAAUUUAUAUAGUCUGUGCAUGACCAUGAGCAAGAAAUCAGAUUUAAAAAGAAAAAAAAAUAGAUAAUGCAGUAUCUGCAGAAAUUGCAUUGGGAUGCUUUGUACUGGUUGGUAGCUUUUUUCCAAUUCCCAUGGAAAUUGACGGAUAAUCCUGUCAUUUGAAUUUGAAGAAAUUCAGGAAAAUUUGUUACAUGCAUACAUACAUCUACUUCUAAGCCUACGGUUUGAGUUAAUGUGUAAUGGCAAAUUAAUGUUUUUGGUAAAAAAAAAAAAAAAAAAAAAAAAAAAUUGGGUGGAUGAAUACAAGAGUCGAUGGGAGCCAAUGGAUAUUGAAUUUGUGGGUCCUAGUUUACUGUCAGUGGGAGCCAAUGGGGAUUUGUUUGUGGACUAAAGCUCCAUGUGAAAUGGAGCCAAAUGGGUUUUUGUGGUUCCAAUUUUAAGGACUGAGUGAUACUCUAAAGUGGCCAAUGGAACCAAAAAUCUCGCCUCUUCUUGCGUAUUGAAUGAAGGAAAAGCUGUAGGAUGUCUUUUUAGGUUGAUCAGCUGGCCCACAUCAAAGAGUAAAUCCAUAGUUUUUUAAUUGUAGUUUAAAAUGUAUCAUUUUUGACACCAGUCCUGGCACCUUUCUGCACUGUACCUGUUGUAAGAUGAUCAAGAUUUCAGCAACAUGACACACUUUUUUAAAGGGGUUUGAACCCCCCCAUGUUGUUUAUGGUCAAUAUUACUGGAAUUUGAGAUUUUAGCCAUUCUGCUGGAAAUGACAAAAAUCAGGUUUGGGUUCAAAUCUGAUGGAUGGGAUUUCUCCAUACAUCCGUACCGUAUGUACAUACGUUUUCAACGCUGAUGUACAGUUCUCUCAAUUUGAUAUAAGAAUGGCUUUGUGGAGAUGCAGGGAGAGAUGUGAGACUUAAGAUAAUGCAGUGUGUAACAAUGACACACUGAAGAAAGUAAAUUAUCACCAGUCUUUCCUCCUGUAGUUUGUACUUUGUGAAUGUCACUAACCCAAAGAGCACUUUAUGUCUCAAAAUGAAAUAUAAGCAUUGCUUGAAAACAAAAUUAUAGGGAGGUCUAUGGUAAUAUACUGUAUGUCAUAUUCAUCCAAUGUUUGAUCCUAUUGCACCAUUAAAAGAGAGAAGAUGGUGCGCAGAGCAAUGAUGAGGCAGGGUGUCUGCGUUAAUAGAUGCAAAACUGACAUGCCAGCACAAGGCAUAUGCUGCAGCAGAUGUGACUUUCCAAUAAACAGGAAA